GAGUUGCGCGCGCUCGUGUCUUCUCGCCCGAGAUUUCCCGAGGCCGAUGCGGGAUUUGCGUCAGUGUCGUUCUCUCCUCUGUAUCACUGUUUUUCUGUGAGAAAAUACGAGGGAUAGGGAAUGAAUGAGAGAAGGUAGUACAGUGUCUCGGUGGUUGGUGGUGCGUCGAUGAAUGUAAAACGGUUUUCGGAGUCGAUAUGCGGUCUCCGUAGGAGUUCCCCAAAGUGCCGCUGAUUGGAAUGAAAGCAUCCCCAGAGGUAAUAAGGUGGCAAUGGUGGUGCAGGUCCGACCUGGACCCAAGACGAGAUGUUCACGAAGCAUCACGCUCUUCUAAUAUUCCUUCUUCUGUACUUGGAACAUCGCAGAGUUUGGAGCACUGGAGAGGGCAGUGAAACCACCACCGAUACUAGGAUAUCUGAUAGAUUGGAAAAUGUGACCCAAACGAUUUCUAGGAUUCUUGAGGGAUAUGACAUUCGGCUGAGACCAAACUUUGGCGGUGAACCACUCUUAGUCGGAAUGGAUUUGACAAUCGCCAGUUUUGACGCUAUAUCAGAAGUUAACAUGGAUUAUACCAUAACCAUGUAUCUGAAUCAGUACUGGAAAGAUGAGAGGUUGGCAUUUUCGCAUGAAGAAGAAAUUCUGACGCUUAGUGGGGAUUUUGCUGAAAAGAUUUGGGUGCCUGAUACCUUCUUUGCUAAUGAUAAGAACAGCUUUCUACAUGAUGUGACGGAGCGAAACAAGCUGGUGCGUUUAUCCGGGGACGGAUCUGUCACUUAUGGAAUGAGGUUUACAACAACCCUGGCCUGCAUGAUGGAUCUUCACUAUUAUCCAUUGGACUCUCAAAAUUGCACUGUCGAAAUUGAAAGCUAUGGAUACACGGUCCUGGAUGUCGUCAUGUACUGGAAGGAGACGCCGGUCCGUGGUGUCGAAGAAGCUGAGUUGCCACAAUUCACGAUUAUCGGCUACGAGACAAAUGAUCGUAAGGAAAGAUUGGCCACUGGCAUCUAUCAGCGACUUUCUCUCAGCUUCAAGCUGCAGAGAAAUAUCGGUUACUUUGUCUUUCAAACCUAUCUACCCAGCAUUCUGAUCGUAAUGCUUAGCUGGGUCAGCUUCUGGAUAAACCACGAGGCAACCAGCGCCAGGGUCGCACUGGGUAUUACCACUGUACUGACGAUGACUACGAUAUCAACGGGCGUCAGGAGUUCCUUGCCGAGAAUAAGCUACGUGAAGGCGAUCGACAUAUAUCUCGUAAUGUGUUUCGUUUUUGUAUUCGCCGCCCUCCUAGAGUACGCGGCUGUAAACUAUACAUACUGGGGUGCCAGGGCUAAAAAGAAGACUAAGAAGAAGGAAGGAACGGAGAAAAAAUCAGUUACCGCGGCAAAAACUGGUGGCGAAGCGAGCUCGCCAUUUGCCGAAUCGACAGAUGCAGAUAUCAUAGAGCUCCAAGAUCUGAGAAUGUCACCAUUGCCCAGCAUAAGAAGCAGAUCGGGAAUCGUGGCUGCUCCGGAUGGUGCAGGAGUACCAGUUCGGGAUCACGACCCGGCCAAAUUUCCCCCAAGCUUCCGAAUUUCUCGACCUCCGGGAUACAACACGCACUGUAGAACGAGUGGCUUGCGAUACAGGGGCGCCAGGCAGCACAAACCCAAAGUAUUACACGCAUUACGAAGAGGUGCUUCGGUAUUGCGAGCUUCAAUGCCGAAGAUUAAAGACGUUAACAUCAUCGACAAGUAUUCAAGAAUUGUUUUUCCCGUCAGUUUCCUUCUGUUCAAUGCCGUCUACUGGAUUUUCUACAUCCUCUAAAGGUCCAAACGCUUCGGACAGACCCUGCGUGAAUUUUACGGAUGUAAAAGCAUGAAGAUAUACGAAAAAAAUUAUCCUCAAAGAUUACUCCACGCUGCGCUGGGAUAUACGUAGGCAAUUAUGAAAAAAGUCACACAUGAAUUACCCAAGUGUCAUUGCUGUAUGCGAGUACAAAUGCAUACCGAUGAUGGACGCUUAGCUCGGUUUCGAAAAAACCGAUAUUUGCUAUACGUUGUACGUGAAUUUGCAUGUAUUUAUUUGAACAGUAACUGUGAAAACCGUUACAAUAUCUGCAUGAAAGAUAGCCGAUAGGCUGAAGCUGGGCUCAAGACGUGGUAGGUCUGAACAUCGAAUCCGACCCUACAAGAACCAUUUGAGGUCAUUGUACAUACAUCGUCUACACGUGUAUCCCCUCGCUCGU